CAAAGAAAGAGACAAUUCCUUAGAAAAUAACAAAAGAAGAGACGAAUGAAGUACACCAAAACCACUUGAUUAAAUAUUCACGAGAGAGAGAGAGAGAGAGAAAGAGAAGGUGACUUGCCCUCCUAGGAAAGGAGGCUUAAAACUUGCAAAUACUUGCACCCCUCAUUGUUUUGUUUAUUACUAUAAACAAAACCCAUUUCCCAUUCUCCUACACCCUCUCUUACUUCCCUGCCUUCCCAUCCCAAACUUCUUUCUGACCUCAAACAAUAACCAUUUAAUUUUUCUCUCUUUUUUCUUUUUUUUUUCUCUGUUGUCUGUCAUGGAAGUUAAUACUACUACAACCACUGUACCUUCAGGGCCACCAACUAGGAACCAUUCUUACACACAACACCGCUUACAUUCAGAAAGACAUAGCCAUAACCAUAGCCAUGGCCAUUUCCCCUCCAAAACCAUUCUCAUAAUCAUCGCAUUCGUCACCUUAGUCACGGUCCUAUUUAUCAUUUUCGUGGUCCUAUUCUUGAUCCGUCGCCAAAAAUCCUCCAGCAAGAAUGGAACUUGCGAAGAAGACAGCAGAGAGCUUCAUGACACAAGCAGCAGGCUCAUCACUUCAACAACGUUGAAUUCUAGCCCAGAUGUGAAAAGUGGGUGUCUUCAUGGGGGAAAUUUGAGCAGGACCCCAGCACCUAAAUUUCGUGGAGUACAAGUGUUCACGUAUAGGGAGUUAGAAAUUGCCACUGAUGGAUUCAGCGAAGCAAAUGUCAUUGGUAGUAAUGGAAUUAUUGGAGGGCAUGGUUUGAUCUAUAGAGGUGUUCUAAGUGAUGGCACUUUGGCAGCAAUUAAGUUGCUUCGCACUGAGGGUAAGCAAGGGGAACGUGCCUUCAGAAUAGAGGUCGAUCUCUUAAGUCGCUUGCACUCUCCUCAUUUGGUGGAGUUACUUGGCUAUUGUGCUGACCAACACCACAGGUUACUGAUUUUUGAAUACAUGCCCAAUGGAACACUCCACUACCAUCUUCACACUCCCAACGAUCAAUAUCAGCUGUUGGAUUGGUGGGCCCGGAUGAGGAUAGCCCUUGAUUGUGCCAGAGCACUGGAGUUCUUGCAUGAGCAUGCAGUCUCACCUGUGAUCCACAGAGACUUUAAGAGUAACAACGUUCUACUGGAUCAAAAUUUCCGUGCCAAAGUGUCUGAUUUUGGAUUGGCUAAGAUGGGAUCAGAGAAGAGGAACGGUCGUGUGUUGGGGACCACUGGAUAUUUGGCACCAGAGUACGCCACGGGUAAGCUUACUACAAAGUCAGAUGUUUACAGCUAUGGUGUGGUUCUUCUCGAACUGCUCACGGGACGUGUGCCAGUUGAUAUCAAGAGGGCCCCAGGAGAACACGUCCUUGUCUCUUGGGCUCUUCCAAGGUUGACAAACAGAGAAAAGGUAAUUGAAAUGGUUGACCCAGCUCUUCGCGGACAGUACUCUAAGAAGGAUUUAAUUCAGAUAGCUGCCAUUGCAGCAAUGUGCAUACAGCCAGAAGCUGAUUACAGGCCGCUCAUGACAGAUGUUGUACAAUCACUGAUACCACUUGUUAGGAACCAAUCCUCUCUUAGUUCAUCCAGCUCCCUACGAUUUCAGAAACAAACGCCAAGUCCUACUCAUUAGGUGUGCAUUAUGUUUCUUCAACAUUCUGUUUGAGAAGAACAGAAGCAGAAGCAGCCUAGAAAUAAAGUACUUAGUUCUUAGACUAAAAUAGUGCUUGGACAAACAUUAGGCCCCAAAAAACAAGUGCAAUAUCACACUUGAUGGGGGCACCAUCAAAUUCGCAACUUAUAUCAGUGGAAUUCCUUCAUCCCUACUGCCUACAACAACGGAGAGGAGGGAGAAAAUGCAAAACAGAAAGACUAAAGGAUAAAAUCAUUUGCAUGCAGUCAUGGACAAAUUUAGUUCUAGAUGUUAUUUAUUUAUAUCAUUUUAAUAUCUAUACUUAUUUAGAUUGGCUUUGUAAUGACAACCUAGCUAAGAUACAUGGUUACAAAAUUAAGAGGAAUAUGAACUUUCUAAUAAUUAUGUCGCUAAUA